AUAUAUAUAAGAUUGAAGCGAUGUAGAUUAAGAGAAAAAGGUUGAAAAGAAUCUCCACAACAACACAGAAAUUAAGUGCCUCCCCUUUCUUCCUCUAAAACUAUGGAUUUCUCAGCAGCUCUUAGUGAUCACCUUGCCCAAAAUGUUCUGAAAGAAUGCCACACUAAAAUUCCGGCAACCAAACAGGCUCCCUCUCCUCGAACUCAUUCCUGUUCUUCAUCAUCUUCCUUCUCUUCAUGCUCUUCCUCAUAUUUUCCCGACGACUCCCCGCCUAGUCCCUCCAACCCGCUUCGAUUUUCUGGCGUUCCAUUUUCUUGGGAACAUUCGCCAGGAAUUCCCAAGAAACCAAGUCAAAAGAAAAAGGACUCCACAUUAGUGAAAGUCCUUCCAUUGCCUCCUCAUACCUCAAAACGAUUCAACUUGGAGGAAGUUGGAAUCAGAAAGAAGAAUUCUAACGAAAGCUUUGGAAAUGAUCCUUUCUUCACUGCAUUAGUUGAAUGUUCCAAGGGUGAUGAUGAUGAUGAAGAAUCUGUUACUGUUAGUAACUUCUGGAAUGUUACAAAGGUGUCAAGAAGCAUCAGUGACAGGUUUGGAUUCAUAAAUCUUUACAAUUCCUGUAAAGGAGCUUCUGAUGUUUCUGAGUCAAUAGUAUACCUUCCAAGAUCAUCAAGAACAUCAUAUGAUCAUCAUCUAAUUACUCGCCGGUCUCGCUGAAAUUAAUUAAGAUCAUCUUCUGGGAUUUGGGUUCAUGAUGUUCUUAUGUGAAUCAAAUUAAAGUAUUUCCAUUUGCUUUUUUUUUUUUUUUGUUUUAAUUUCUUGGGUCUUUUUUUUUUCUGUUUAAUUUAUUGGUAUGCAAGGGCAAUAUUAGCAAUCUUAUGUUCCCAAAGCAUAAAUUAUUGUAAUAUAUUAAUAUAACUUGAAAGAUUUA